AUGGAUGACAAAAUCUGCCCGUUACUCCCCUGGAUGCAUUCUAGCAAAGUAUGCAAGCAUGUCUUUGCAGAAUGUCGAAAACUGGUGAAAGACUUUGCUUUUACAGAUCUCAUACAAAUGAUGCCUCGUCUACAUGUAUCUAUUCGAGCCAUAGUUCUCCUCGAUGUUAUGACAGAUCCGAAAGCGCGCGCAUCCGGCUAUGCCCACACCUACUUCAACUCACACGGAAUCAAUCUCGGAGUGCUUGCAUGUUUCCCUACCGACAGUGAGAUACAGUCAGCCACCAAAGAUGCCUGGGAAGAGGCAGAAAACUUGUUUAAUAUACUCGGGGUAUCACCUUCUGAUUUCCUGUUGGCUUCUCAUCCAACUCUGCCUAGUAUCAACUCAUGGUACGUACCAGGUAUGGGUCCAAUGGCUGACAAGGCCGGUAGUGACACCGACAGCUCCGAAGACGAACAAGACAAAGGUGAUGAUGAGGUGGGUGACACGGAUGAACUACGGCAGCUUCUUGUCGAUAUACGCCGCUCGGGCUUCCAUGAACAUUCUGUGGAUGAACGGCUGUUGAACUUACAGUGUGCCACUGUUGCCAUGGACAUAGAUGAUCUGGUUCAGCUAAAAGAUAUGGCUCACAAGCUUUCCCAAGAAGAACAAGAAGCCAACCUUGAGAAUGACCAAUCCAAUAUAUUGGCAGUGCUCCACGCUGCACAGCUGCCUCCGGUCAACUUACCUCCAGAGCCUCGCCACGCGUUUGAUGUCCAUUUCUCUUCUGUCGACACACUCGACUUCUCCCUGCUGAUUGAGAUCCAACAAGCACACAAAACACACCGCGCAGCCCAUGGUGUUCGAGAAUUGGCCGUACCAGAGUCAACACCUUCCCAGAGCAAGAAGCUUGGCAAGGAAAGCUUGCAGAGGCAGAUCAUUCAAGAGAUGCAAGCUCUCCUCUCGCAGCAGCAGGACUAA